AUGAAGUCCGCCGUUGCCGCUAUCCCUUUCCUCCUCUUCGGAACCUCCAUGGCUGCUCCUCUUGAGAAGCGCGCCUGUCCCAACAUCCACAUCUUCGGUGCUCGCGAGACCACCGCACCUGCUGGUUAUGGCUCAGCCGGCACAGUCGUCAACCUCAUCCUCAACGCACAUCCCGGGUCCACUGCCGAAGUCAUCAACUAUCCAGCUGCUGGAGGUAACAGCUAUGCCUCUUCCGUGCAGGCUGGCGUGCAAGCUGUCACCAAUCAGAUCAACGCUUUCGCUGCUUCUUGUCCCAACACGCAGCUGGUUUACGUUGGAUACUCUCAGGGUGCUCAGAUUGGUGACGAUGCGCUUUGUGGAGGUGGUGAUCCCAAUCAAGGAAUUUCCAGCACUGCUGCUCCAAUCUCGUCUGCAGUCGGAAGCAAAGUCAAGGCGAUCAUCUUUAUGGGAGACCCAAGAAACAUCCCUGGCGGUCCCUACUCUGUCGGUACCGCAAAGAACCCAGGAGUAAGUUUGUUUUGCCAUAGUCUGCCAGGUGUUUUACUGAUCAAUUACAUAGNNUUCGAUCCAAGACCUUCGGGCUUCACUUGCUCUGCAUACGCAAGCAGAAUCCAGUCUUAUUGUGACUCUGCGGAUCCGUACUGCUCGAACGGAAACAAUGCGAAUGUUCACCAAGGUUAUGGCCAAGAGUACGGUCAGGCCGCUCUCAAGUUUGUCAACAGCAAACUUACUUGA